GCUUAGCGCGGUGACUUUAUUGUCUGCAUAUCAAAAACCAAGAACGUACCUGACAAUUCCAUCGGCGAGAGAGUGGGCUGCUGCACUCACCACAUGGAAGCUGUCACGGUAUCUGACAAUUCCGUUGAGCUGGAAGCUAAGCGCAAAGAGGACUCCUCUUGGCACCCGUGUCGAGUUUCUCUCAGCUCUUCUGGAGAUAGUCUGAUAGUAAAUUUCGGAAGACAGGAGUUGGACGAUAUGCUUUUGCAGAAGGAAGAAGUUCUUAUGCAUCUUCGCUUUCGUUCUAUGCCUCUUCAAGUUGAUGACUGUUUCCACAUUGACGAAGGUGAACGUGUUCUUGCCGACCGCAAGUCACAAUUCAAGAUCCUCUUCCAUGAUGCUGUGGUGGUAAAGGUCCACUUCCGUCUUCACCUAACUAAUAAAUCUGCAAGACAAGUAUCAGGGUCCUCAAUGGUGGACAGAGUACGACACUCAAAAAGGGGCUGUAGAUGCACUUUCAUGAUCAAAUGGCUCGAUCAAGACCUUGAAGGACAAACCUUUACCUUGCCAUCAAGCUCGAUCAUGAAACUUGCAACCAAAAGUAUCAGUGCCCAUCCAAUCAUCAAUAAACUCUUAAAACCAGAAAAACAUAGAGGUUUAUCAUAUUCUUCUCCUUUAUUGACCAUUCUUGAGGGAACCGAUUCUGAAAUAGACCUUAAUAAGUUGCUACAAAAGCAAAUAGAACAGAUUAGCAAUUUAGCUGAUGCAUCUAAGAAAGAUUUUCUAGAGGAUAUUCCGUGGAGAAACAAAGGUGUUAACAAGGGACAAUCACCUCACAAACCUGCCGCUGAAUCCAAUGCAUGUGUUCCAGCUGUUGCUGAUCACCAUAAUCAUUUGAAGAGAACAACUCGGAGUACAAGGAAACUGCAAAUAAAUAUAGAAGCCAAGAAUCAAUCAGGCCAUACUAUAUCCAUGAAAGAAGCUUUCAUACAAAGUAGGUCUCAUCUAAGCCCUCUUGCUUCACGUGCAGCUCUAGCAUCAUCCCUGUUAACUGCUAAGAAGUGUCUUGAUAUGGAUCUUAGUUCCUCUAUGACUGCGAGCAUGUUUAUGAAGGGUAAAGAUUCCUCAGAUGUAUUGGCUGUUUCCAUUCCACUUGUUUCAGAAGCUUCCCAUGCGAUAUCACCACACAUUUCAACCCAAGGGGAUGCUUCAUGCGAGCCUCAACCUACUAAACCUUCCUCUUGUAUACCAACUAAGGGUUGGGAAAAUGAAAAUAAGACCUCAGAUGAAAUUAACUGUAAUGCUGAACAGAGGACCUAUUCUCCUGUAAAAAUUACUGCUGAAAGUGUUACCUCAGGAGUUGCUACCUCGACUGCUGAGCUUCCAAUUUCUAGAGCUAAAAAGUCCUUGGUACAUGCAAAUUUUAACGCAAGCUCUACAGCUCCUAUAAGACUAACUCGCUCAGCAACACGGAAAGGGGCUGUGAUUCCAAACAAUUGUGUCCAGGUGAAGAUCUGCAUUAAUGACACAAAGAGAAGGAUGCCUGGGAAUAAAAACCAGUUAAGUCGUUCAGCAGUUUUCCAGGGAAAUGAAAAUUUGGCCAAUGAAGAGGAGAACAACUCAACUCAUAUUAUAGAUUCAGAUUCAUCUGAAGGAAACAUUGCUGCUCCUGAUCAGAGCAAUGUGGCUACAACGAAAAGCACAUCAGAAAAGAUGAAAGCUGCCCUUACACCAUGUAAUCCUGAGAUUCAUAUCCUUACCAAGGAAGGCAAUAAAAGCUGGGUUGUACACAUGUUGUGCAAAGAUAUGGACAGUGGUAGGAGUAAUCAAGGCCAGAAGAGAAAAGCAGUUCAUCAUAUUAAGCAAGACCGGCGAUUUUCUCCUCGAAAUUUUCUACCUCGCACUCGCUCUCAGAAUAAGGCCCAGCCUGGGAAGUAUAGAGGAGCCAUUAGUAGUUAAUACUUACAGAACUUAUAUUUCUAGCUCCAAGUGUAGCAGACAUCAACUCUCUAGUAGAAGUUAAUUGCUCUAUAGAUUGUAAAGAAGGUUGAGAAUAAUAUGAAGAUGCUGCAGACUAGCUUGCUUGUUAAAUGAUUCUGAGUUGCUUCCCUAUGAAGUGAAUCUGCUAUCUUUUGAACUAAGCAAUGUGUUUAUUCUUUUCCAUUUUCAUUUUUGGUGUGUGAUGCUGAAUUGUUUAAUGGUUAAGUUCACAGCAGACUGGAGGGUCUGUGCAGAGUAAAAGUCCUGAAUCCCACUUUCAUCAGUA